GCAGGCGCUGUCGCCGCAGUGAUAUAUAACAGCGAGAAGGGCACCCUGCACGGCACUAUGGGUACCCCACAAGAUGACCAUGUGGCUACCUUUGGCAUUGACCUGGACGAAGCCCAGUCCAUCGUGGAGAAACUCCAGAGCGGGCAGACCAUCGAUGCCAUCGCAUACAUCGACGGGGUUGUCAGCACGAUCGAGACUCGCAACAUCGUCAUCCAGACCGCAGAGGGCAACCCGAACAACUGCGUCAUGCUGGGUGCUCACUCGGACAGCGUCGCCGAAGGGCCUGGCAUCAACGACGACGGCUCCGGCUCCCUGUCGCUUCUUGAGAUUGCCACGCACCUCACAAAGUUUAGCGUAAACAACUGUGUGCGCUUUGCCUGGUGGUCUGCCGAGGAGGAGGGGCUUCUCGGGUCCGAGUUCUACGCCUCUACUCUCCCCGACGACGAGAACCUCAAGAUCCGUCUCUUUAUGGACUAUGACAUGCUCGCGAGCCCCAACCACGCCUACCAGGUCUACAAUGCCACUAACGACGAGAACCCGACUGGGUCCGAGGAGCUGAGGGACCUCUACAUCGACUGGUACAAAGCGCACAGCCUUAACUACACGCUCGUGCCCUUCGACGGCCGCAGUGAUUACGACGGUUUCAUCCGGGCGGGGAUCCCUGCAGGUGGCAUCGCUACUGGCGCCGAAGGCAUCAAGACACCCCAGGAAGCCGAAAUGUUUGGAGGCACGGCCGGCGAGUGGUACGACCCGUGCUAUCACCAGCUCUGCGACGACAGGGACAAUGUCAACGCCACCACGUGGGAGAUUAACACCAAGCUGGUGGCGCACUCAGUCGCCACGUACGCCAUAUCGUUCAAGGGCUUCCCCGAGCGCACUGCAGCUGCCCUGAAAGGGUCGAGCAAAUACGAGGAGACGGUGAAAUUCCGUGGAGAUCGUCUAUUUUGGUAGAUUGGCAUGUGUGUCUUUAUAAUCGUGUUUGAUUCGAGCCCUUGACAUACAAGAGAGAGAAAGUGAGCAUGUUGCAUUGGGUCAAGAUGGGGUUCUCAAGAAGGACAGGAAUCAUUUGUUAAGUAUAGAAUAGACUAGGUCGAAAUGGUAGAUUACAUC